UUUUGAGGUUUCCAAAAGAUAAGAGAUAAGAGAGAUGUGUGCCAAGAAAGAAGAAGAUCGAGGUGAGUGUUCUCAGAUUUACAACAUCCAAACCUACCAAGAACAGUUACUUCUUCGACAGCAACAACAGCAUCAGCUCCACCAAUUCAAUAACACUGAUGGGUAUGAGGGAGGAGGAGGUGGAGGUGGAGGGUUAAUCUUCCCUGAUGUCUCACCCAUCAAUAUUCCAUGGUCUCUCCCUCCGGUUCACACGUUCAACCCGGUUUCCUUCACCAAUAACUCAGUCCGAGAUCAUGAUUCCUUCUUUGUUCCUCCUCCUCCAUCAUCAUCUUCAUCAUCCUUAGGUGGUUUAUUCAAUAGAAGAGCUUCUGCUCUUCAGUUUGCUUAUGAAGCUCAAUCUUCUGAUCAUCUCAGAAUCUUAUCAGACCCACAUAACUCUGCUGCUCUCCAUCACACUUCCUCUCAUCAAUUCGGGUUUCAAGCUGAGUUGGGUAAGAUGACAGCCCAAGAAAUCAUGGACGCAAAGGCACUUGCAGCUUCUAAAAGCCAUAGCGAAGCUGAAAGAAGAAGAAGAGAGAGAAUCAACAACCAUCUUGCCAAAUUACGCAGCUUGCUUCCCAACACCACUAAAACGGAUAAGGCUUCAUUGCUAGCAGAAGUGAUCCAACAUGUGAAAGAACUAAAAAGGCAAACAUCACAGAUAGCUGAAGCAAGUCCAGUGCCAACUGAGAUAGAUGAACUCACAGUUGAUGCAUCAGAUGAAGAUGGGAAGUUUAUGAUUAAAGCUUCUUUAUGUUGUGAAGAUAGGUCUGAUCUCUUACCAGAUCUUAUCAAAACAUUGAAAGCUCUCCGAUUAAGAACUCUGAAAGCUGAGAUUACUACACUUGGUGGACGUGUAAAGAACGUUUUGUUCAUUACAGGGGAAGAUGAUAAUGAUUCCAACAACAAUGAAGAACAACAACAACAACAAUACUCCAUUAGCUCAAUUCAAGAAGCAUUGAAAGCUGUUAUGGAAAGAACAACAAGUGAUGAUUCUUCUUCAGGAAGUAUUAAGAGACAAAGAACCAAUGUCAAUAUUCUUGAACACAGGUCUCUUUAACUUCUUAUUUCCUUCUUCUUUU